UUCAGUGGUGUUCACAUAUCCGCCAUCUUGUUUUACCUCAGUUGUUGUAGAGAUUACUACCUUGUAUUCGCUUUUCCUCGCUGUUUCUACACUUUAUUCCGCAACAGAAAAGAACUAAACGUUCAAUGGAGUGCAGGCGAAGGAUUUUAUGGCGUUUGGGUUGAAGAAGAGGUUAAAUUGACCGUUCAAUGUUGGUUUUCCGAGAGGCGAAAACGAUGCCCGUGCAGCAGAUUGUCGUGAACCCAGUGACUCCUCAACAAACCAACAACAAGGAUAGAAAAAAUUCUAAACCAAAGUCAACAGACGGGCAAGCAACAAUACCAACCACGGAAAACAUUAACGAUAAGCCUAAAACACCACCCAAGAAGAGCAUAUCAAUGACUUCAAUGACAUCGUCAAUGGAGAUCUGUAGAAUAUGCCACUGUGAGGCAGAGCCGGACCAGCCUCUGAUUUCGCCUUGUGUGUGUGCUGGUUCUUUGCAGUAUGUACAUCAGAGCUGUCUGCAGAGAUGGAUUAAGAGUUCAGACACUAAGAAAUGUGAACUGUGUAAAUAUGAGUUCCGCAUGGAAUCCAAGAUGAAGCCCAUCACAAAGGUUAGUCAUGUUGAACAAUAUAAACUUUAAGGUACAUUAAAUUUGUGUUACACGCAUUGCGUGUAAGAUCACGCAUAUUUUAACUGGAGGAAGAAACCUUUGUUAUUCAUACACUCAUUUGCAUGUAUUUUGCACAACAAAAUGCCACUAUACUAACUUGUUUUCCAAACACGUGACUCUACAAAAAGUAAAUUUAAAAGCCAACAAGCAUUGCUAAAUUAGUGGACUAGCUUGAGCACCUAUCAAACAAAUACACUUUCUUAAUCUGUAGCAGCCCGCACUUCUGCUUAACAUAAAAACUUAACUGUUAAAGAUCUCCGAGCUUUCGUGUACAUUAAAACAUGUACGACGUAUGUCGCAACGUAAUGUUUACCCCUGCACGAAAUGUCAUUUCAACUCCCGUUCCUUCGAUAACAAUGAAAUAGAGAUUCAGGCAGAAACUCUCUUAAUCUGCCAAUUGCCCACACUUGCGUUUAUACGGUGAAGAAUCUUAACUUUUUAAACAAAAUCUAAGUGUUCAUUAAUUUUCAAUUCAUCAGAUCCAUGUGUAACCUUCUGACAACAACCGGCAAUGUUUACACCCAGCUUGUUCGAUUAUUCAGCUUAAAUUACAAUACAGUUGACUACCGCUAAGAUACAUUUGAGAAUAUCGUGAGCUCGACUUAUCGGUAGUCAAGUUAAGUCUUCAAAGAAACAUGUAGCAUAUGUAUAGUUUAUUAUGUGUAUGGAAUAAGACAGGAAAUAAUAACUAAUUUAAAACAACUUUUGCACUGCACAGGAUUUCUGCCUGGGUAGAUUUGGGUCAUGUGCUAGGCAAAGAUAUUCAAGAAACAGAUCAAAUUUCAUUUCAAUCAUAUCAGUUCAAAACAAUAUGUUUUCAGAUAGAAAAACAAUCGUUUCUGAGUAUGUAAUAUUAGUCACAAAUCUUCAAAGGCUUUUUAAACUUAAAGAAGGAUAACUGAUGGUUAAUAAUUAACUGAAAAUCUCAAGCGAAA